AAUCGCAGCCCAGCAUCCCUGCCGGCCAAUCAGAUCACUCCUGGGUGAUGUCAUGCAGCAAGCUGCUGUUUGGUGCUGAUGCUGCUGAGCUGCAGAUCUUCAGUCUGAACAGAGACCGAGCAUCACUGCAGGGAACAGACUCUACCUCACCACAGUGUCUUUGACAGAAAACAGCAGCAGCAGCAGAAUGACUCUAGCAGCAUACAGAGAGAAGAUGCGAGAGCUCCCCCUGGUGUCUCUCUUCUGCUCCUGCAUCCUUCCCGAACUCAGAGACACUGCAGCCGACAAGAAGGAAGCAGGCGUGGUGGACUUGAACCUGUGCAACAUCCGGGACAUGGAGGUGAUCGAGCUGAGCAAGCGGACGAGCGGCCAGGCCUUCGAGGUCAUCCUGAAGCCGCCCACCUUUGAUGGUGGCCCCGAACUGAGGGCGACUACGCCGCCCCGCCAGAAACCCUCGCUGGAAGAGAUCCAGAAGAAACUGGAUGCCGCCCAGGAGAGGAGGAAGUGUCAGGAGGCGGAGCUGCUGAAGCACCUGGCCGAGAGGAGGGAGCACGAGCGUGAAGUCGCUCAGAAAGCUCUGACCAAAGAGCGUCAGGAGCACCGGGCCGACGCCGACAAGGAGCAGAGGAAUAUGCACCUGAACGCCUCACAGGAGCGGCUGCAGGAGGAGGACAAGCACAGCGUGGAGGUGUCUUGAUGGCCUGAUCACAACACAAGCUGAACUUUAUUUGGAAGCCAUUUUGGACGAGCUGAGGUUUGUUGUGCCAGCAACCCGGCGCUGCUCCGACUGGGAGACUGACAGGAAGAGACACUGACGAGAGUGAGAGGAGAAGAAGAAAAAGAGGAGGAGGAGGACUGAGGGCGAGUCCGACUGCUCGACCUCUUCUGUACAACCAGGACUCUUCUCUUUAUAACGAGAAAAACUUCUGAAACUGAAGGACGCUGCAGAUUCAGUCAUCAUUAGAUGGUUCACAGAGGUGUUACUGUGCUUUGUUGCCACGCCAACAGUGCCAAUGUGUGUGUGAUUGUGUACAUAUCAAGGAUUCAACAUCUUCGAGUCUGAAAAGUUGUACCCCACCCAACCAAACCAAACAUGAAAUGGACCUAACAGAAACCGGACCUGAACCCAAAGGGAGGAGUCCAGAAAACAGCCUGGGCCUCUUCUGCUAUGUGAAUAUGGACGAGUCUCUGCCGCCUGGAUAUACAGCUAAUCUGCGUUAGCCAGCUGCAUCUGCUGGACAGUUCACAUUAUUACAUUUACUUUAAAACAGUACGACAACAGGAACGGUUCAUCAGUCGCUCUUUAGUGACAUUUGCUGGCAGCCGUAGGACAUCACGGCAAAAUCAGCAAACGUGCCUGUUUCUCACAGGGCUGUGGUCAAGACCACUUAAGCGAGUCUAAGACAAGUCCAAGUCAGAUCGAGUCCCGACACAGGUCAAGACCAAGUCAAGAACAAUACCAGAAAAGCCAAAAACAAAGUCAACUGGACUUAGGCGAGACCAAAGACUGUUAUAGACUAGAUUAGUGUCUGAGACUGAGACAAGUCCAAGUCAAAAUGCAGACAAACCAUAAUGACUCAAAACACCCUUGAGACCCUGAACAAGUCCGGUUGAAACCACCCACCAAACCAAGACAAGUUUGGGUCAGAGUCAGAGUCAGAACACCCAUUAGAGUCAGACAAGUCCAGUUAAAAACACUCACAGGAUCGAGACAAGUCAGAGAGACGAGAGCCAGUUAAAACAUAGGUGAUACCGAGUUCAAAUGAAAACACUCACGAGACAGAGACGAGUCCGAGUCAGAACAUCCACGAGACAGAGACGAGUCCGAGUCAAAACACUCACGAGACAGAGACGAGUCCGAGUCAAAACAUCCACGAGACAGAGACGAGUCCGAGUCAAAACACCCACGAGACAGAGACAGAGACGAGUCCGAGUCAAAACAUCCACAAGACAGACGAGUCCGAGUCAAAACACGCACGAGACAGACGAGUCCGAGUCAAAACACGCACGAGACAGACGAGUCCGAGUCAAAACACUCACGAGACAGAGACGAGUCCGAGUCAAAACACCCACGAGACAGAGACGAGUCCGAGUCAAAACAUCCACGAGACAGAGACAGAGACGAGUCCGAGUCAAAACAUCCACGAGACAGAGACGAGUCCGAGUCAAAACACCCACAAGACAGACGAGUCCGAGUCAAAACACACUUAAAAAAAUAAGGGUUAUAAAAUGAAGGGAUAAACGAUCCCUGGAGAUUAGACCUGAGUACUGCAGCCCUGUUCUCACAGCCCCCAAAUUUUAUUUUUCAGAUUCUACAUUUUUAUCCGUCUCAUGUUUCUGAAUAUAAAGACAAUGUACUAAAAUUAGCAUGCUAGCAUUAUGCUACCGUUUGAAGCUACAUCUCUGUAUGUCCUUCCUGUGUAAGCUGGAUGAGAAGACAGGAGUCCUGCUGGACGUUUUUAAGUUGCUAGCGAAUGACACUCUUGCUAUGUUACAUCAACAACAAACAGCUAGGUAGCUCAUGCGGCUAACAUUAGCUACAUCACAGGAUACCUGCCUGUCCAACAAUCAUUAUACCAUGAAUGAAGUUAACUGAUAAUCGAUUGUGUACAUUGUUUACAGCUGCAGUGGUGUGUCUCUGUGUGUGUGUGUGUGUGUGUGUCAGUCUGUUUCCCUGGCAACGUCAAUGUAAAGGAGUCAGGGUGAGAUGAUGAUGCUGAUGCUGAUGAUGAUGACAAUGUACAGAAAUCACAUUAUAUUUUAAAUUCAAGAAUAAAACAUUGACAAUUUA